AUGGUACAUAAUUACAUAAAAAUUGGAUCGAAAACUAUUAAAAAUCGAACUAUUCCAAACCUAAAUUUGAAACAAGACUUUGAAUCGCAUGGAGAAAUCUUAGAAAAGGUUAACGGUUGCAAUUUCGAGCAAUUACCUAGAAAUGGUCCAAGAAAAGUUGCUCUCAAGCAACUUCAUAAUUCUCAAAAUAUAUGCCCUCAAUUUUUAAAUGAGUUAGAAUCAUCAUUUUAUUGUAAUAGCAAUAAAACAGUUCACAUAUAUGGAAUAACACAGGAACCAAAAACCAAAGAUUAUAUGAUUGUAAUGCAACUUGUUGAACAGGGCAACUUGCGAACUUAUAUUCGAGAAAAUUAUAACAAGCUUACUUGGAUAAAAAGGAUCGAAAUCCUACUUGAUAUUGCCCGAGGACUUCAUUCUAUUCAUCAAGCCGGCUUGUGUCACAAGAAUAUUCAUACGGGAAACUUGUUAUAUGAUAAUGGUUCCGUGUUAAUAAGUGAUUUGGGCCUUCUUGGACCUGCUAAUAAACCACGUAUUAAGAUUGAAAUACCAAAAUGCUUUGAAAAGUUGAUGUUACAAUGUUGGGACGAUGACGAAUUUAAUCGUCCUAAUACCCGACAAUUGGUUGAUAAUUUGUCCGAGUGGUAUAAUGAAAUUCGCAAUAAUACCCAUUCGGAAUUUAUGACUGCCGAUGAACAGAAACAUUUGCAAUUAAAACUUCCUUUAUAUAAAUAUGACGUAUAUAAAAGUCAGCGAGUAAGAACAACAGAUUUCGGUGACGAUGAUGGUAUAAAAUUUUCUGGAAAUGAUUACAAUGGCUAUGGGAAUGAUUUUCCCUCAUUAAUUGCGCGUGAAUCCGAUAGCAGUUUAGAGGAUGAAGAAGAUUUAGAGGAAUAUGAAUAUGUUUCAAUGCAAAGGAAUGACCUUCUCUCGUGGCUAGAAAAUGUUGAAGAUGGAAUGCCCAAUUUACUCGAUUGUAAAUAUUAG